AUGAGCGAAACGCUCCGGAGCGAGGCGGGCGCGGAUAGCGCGCAUUUACCGCCAUUCUCCACCUUCGGCGACAUGGCCGAAAACGAACAACGGAUCCUCACGGCCGACGGCCGUCUGCUGGACCCCGCCUGGGAGUACUACGAGCGGACGGGUGACACGAUUUCAGUUAUAGCCAGUCAAGCACAAUACCGACCCUGGGAAUCUAUGCCCAUUACGGUCAACUCCAAAGAUGCAAUCCUGCGGGCAGGCUUCUCUACAAUGGAGUAUCAGCCUGUCACUCUGCAGCCUAUAACAAAUAAGCUGCCAUCCUUCCAGAGCCAAUUCCAAACAUUUCCAGAGACAUCGGUGAUACCAGAAACGGGUCUGCCAAGCGUGACACCUGUGCCUGUCACGGCGAGUCCUACGCCAAGCGCGAGUCCUAGUCAUUUAACACAACUCACGCAACUUACAACGCCGUCAUCGCCAGCACAUCUUACCACACUGGCGCAAGUCACACCACUAUCAACGACUUUGACGACACUAUCACCUGUUAAUGCAACUACAUUCCAUACUCUAACAGCUGUCAAUGCUAGAAGCUAUCCAAUAGUACCAGCUCCUUUACAAGCGAGGGAGCUAGUACCGCCAGCUGCACAAACAUACAUAGAUGACCGCCACAUACACUUAUACCAACCUAACAUCGCUACUAUUAAUGCUUUUCCAGCUCAAAAUGGCAUUUUACACCAGAAUGGUACACUCCUACAUCAAAACGGAAGCCUAAUACAGAACAUACAGAGUCCUACUGUUGUUCAUGUGUUGAAAAACGAACCUUUUGAUGUUAAAGCGCUACAAGACAAAUAUACUCCGAACGGACUGCAUCACGCGAAUUUCCAGAAUCCGAUGUUGAUUGAUAACGGUUAUGGAAAAAAGACGAAUGGAUUUGAAAGUGGUUCGUCACCCACAAGAUCGGAUUUUAGGAAGAAAGAGAGACGGAAAAUGCGGGUUAAUAGUACUGAGUCAGAUGGAUCUAAUAUGGAGGUUGGCUCUGAAAGUAGUGGGCAGGUAGCAGCGGUUUCAUCUACAGCUGGGUUUAAAUCACCGAUGCAUGGAGCACCACCGAUGGCGACUGGGCCCAUGGAGCUCGAUGACAUAUCCAGUGAAAAACAGACAAAGAAAAAGCGGAAACGUUGCGGGGAAUGCAUCGGUUGCCAACGCAAAGAUAACUGCGGCGACUGUGCGCCGUGUCGCAACGACAAGUCGCAUCAAAUAUGCAAGCAGCGACGAUGUGAGAAGUUAACGGAGAAGAAGGUAAGUCCGUGUGCCAUUACAGGCUAA